AUGACCAUAUCAUACGCCGGGGAGGUUCCAAAUGGCAGCAGUUUUGGUUGUUUCUGGCGGAUCCUUUGCAAAUGGAGAGGCAGCGUGUACAAGCUGGUGUGGCGCGAGUUGCUAGCCUAUCUUACACUAUACUACACGAUCAACUUAUUGUAUCGAUUUGCACUAACUGAACAACAGCAAAGGGUAUUCGAGAAAGUUCGGCAGUACUUCGGCGCCCAGAGUGAGUCCAUACCGAUGUCGUUCGUGUUGGGCUUCUACGUAAGCCUGGUGGUGAAGCGAUGGUGGGAGCAGUACAAGCUACUACCCUGGCCCGACACACUCGCCCUCUUCAUCUCGGCGGGGAUACCUGGAGCGGACGAGACUGGUAGACUAAUGAGAAGAAACAUAGUCAGAUACGCUAUCUUAGCUUACGUCAUCACGCUGCAAAGGGUGUCACUUCGAGUUAAGAGAAGGUUCCCGACUUGGCAACACGUCGUGGACUCCGGUCUUAUGCUUGAGAGCGAAAGGAAAGUGUUCGAGAAGAUGGACGGAAAAAGUCCAAUGUCAAAAUACUGGAUGCCUCUGGUAUGGGCCACAAAUAUAAUUAACAGAGCUCGCAAAGAAGGCUUAAUCACAAGCGACCAUAUAGUUCAAACAUUGCUGGUGGAGCUGUCGGACAUACGAAGGCGGUUGGGGGCACUAAUUGGGUACGACACUGUGUGCGUACCUCUCGUCUAUACCCAGGUGGUGACGUUAGCUCUUUAUACAUACUUCGUGGCCGCACUAAUGGGCCGGCAGCUAGUGCCACCUGCCCCAGGCAGCACUUCAAAAUAUGAACCCGACGUAUAUUUUCCUCUAUUUACGGCUUUGCAGUUUUGUUUCUACGUUGGAUGGCUAAAGGUGGCCGAAGUACUUAUAAAUCCGUUUGGCGAGGACGAUGACGAUAUUGAAUUAAAUUGGCUAAUAGACAGGCACAUCAAGGCAGCCUAUAUGAUAGUAGACGAAAUGCAUGAAGAGCAUCCAGAGCUUCUAAAAGAUCAGUACUGGGAGGAGGUGGUCCCCAAAGACCUGCCGUAUACUGUUGCUUCCGAACAUUACCGACGUCAUGAGCCGCCCUGUUCCGCCGACCACUACAAGGUUAAGGCUGAAGAUGCGGUGUACGCUAAUGUACAAGCGCCAAGGAAGAGCCACGACGAAACUUAUGCUGAUUACGAAAGUGUUGAUACACCGUUAGUUGAACGAAGAAAAAAUUGGUUUCAAAGGCAAAUCUCAAGAAUGGGAUCAGUUCGAUCUGCAUCUACUGCUUAUUCUUCAGGAGGUCUUUUUGGACGAAACCGUCACAACUCCGUCGUAUAUUCAAGCCCAGAAGCCGGGCAACCUAUCGCUCCACUGCCUCCACACCACAAGAUGUCGCUCUAUGAGAGGCUAGUUGGACGUAAAUCUGGGCGUGGUCAGCAUCGACAAAAUUCCAGACAUGGUGGACAAAAGAGCAACGGCUCUGCAAUACCAAUAACUCUUCGUAACCGACCGCGAAUACCGACACCGGACGUAACCAAAGAGGUAAUGGACCGUGAAAACCGGCUUGCGAUGGGAAUGCAAAACAUGGGAGUGAUAAUGGCACACCAGGGCUACCAGAACGAGGUGCCCGUACUAGGAGCUCUGGUGCUAUCACCGAUACAAGAGCUUGACAGUGGAUCUGUGAAUAAUACUUUACACGCCGGUCAGCCGGGAACCACUGCGCUUGCGCAGGCAGUUUUGUCUCCGGCUCUCACUUCGUCGGGACUAGCGCCAAUGUUGACAGCAGCGCCAGUGGUCUCAUCUGUAACGUUAUCGCCUAUGGGCGUAUCACAGCUGACUUUGGUGAAUGGGUCAGCGCCGUCGACGCCACGUAUGGAUAGAGGCGCGGGGACCACUUCGACCCCACCGCCGGUACGCGCGACUGUCACCGAAGUGCCAUCCUCGGACCGUGAUAGCGAGCAUAGCGCCGCUAGUACUGGCACUCCACCAGAGUUCAGUCGAAAGCCCGGCGGCUCAAAACGGGGCGAAGUCUACGUAUAA